AUGAGUUUCAGAUUCUCCGAGUUCGCAAAGCGAGGUAAGUCCGGCAAUCCCUGGGGUGAUGCUGACAACAGCGCUGGCUCAUCCAGGCCGAUGACUGCCAACAGUUAUGACUUCCGCCCGUUUCAACAACCAGUUCGGUCUCCUCCGCCUCUACCUCGUCCUGCACCAAGUCGAAACGACGGUCCGUUGCUGGAGUGCCACUACGACAACGGCACCGGCCAACUUGAUCCUCGGCUGGUGCGUGAGCACGGGUUGCCAGCAACGGUACAAACCACCGAUCAGCUUGCUGACUUCAUCAAAACCCGCUACCAGGGUCAGACCAAUUCGUGGUCGCCCUCGGUGUCGUCGCAUUAUUCAUUUACCCCAGACUCACCUGCUCUAGGGCUCUACCGCCGUGCUUCAGGGCGUGCUGGUCUGUCUUCCCAGCAUCCACGACCGAGUUUUCGGUCCACCAGGACAACCUCUAAACCCAUCGUCGCUGGCCUUCGAAGCAAGUAUGCCACGCCGCCUGUAGCUUACGUUCUGCCCGGUGCGGCCAGACGGCACAAAUAUGAAGGGUUCUGGUUGGCUCGCGGCACGCUGCGCAAGACUGAGGCUGAUAUGAAAGACCGCAACAAGUGGUCGAAGAAAGCCAAGGAGGAGAGGCCUGCAUCGUCUAAUGGUCCCUACGUCGAGACGUCGGGUUGGUACGACUAA